AAGGCCAGCCGGCCUGAGCGCAAGCAGGGGCAGGGUGAGGAGCUGGACAGCUCGCUGCAAUGCCUCCUGGGAGAUGUAGUUUGCGCUGGGCACACCCAACCACAAAGAGCCCAGAGAGAACUACAAGUCCGGGAUUGCCGCGCGCGGUCCCCGGCUGCCACGCCCCUGGAUGGGGCUGCCGGCCUCCGCCCCUCUCGCAAAGCUGCGCCGGCCGCCCGCGGAGGGGAGGCUGCAGAGCGAGGGCAGGAGGACUACUUCCCAGCACCCUGGUCUCCUGCCAUGUCCGACCCCAUCACACUGAAUGUCGGCGGAAAGCUCUACACAACCUCACUGGCAACCUUGACCAGCUUCCCCGACUCCAUGCUGGGUGCCAUGUUCAGCGGGAAGAUGCCCACCAAGAGGGACAGCCAGGGCAACUGCUUCAUUGACCGUGAUGGCAAAGUGUUCCGCUACAUCCUCAACUUCCUGCGGACCUCCCACCUGGACCUGCCCGAGGACUUCCAGGAGAUGGGCCUGCUCCGCAGGGAGGCUGACUUCUACCAGGUGCAGCCCCUGAUCAAGGCGCUGCAGGAGAAGGAGGUGGAGCUCUCCAAGGCGGAGAAGAAUGCUAUGCUCAACAUCACGCUGAACCAGCGAGUGCAGACGGUCCAUUUCACCGUGCGCGAGGCACCCCAGAUCUACAGCCUCUCCUCCUCCAGCAUGGAGGUCUUCAACGCCAACAUCUUCAGCACCUCCUGCCUCUUCCUCAAGCUCCUCGGCUCCAAGCUCUUUUACUGCUCUAAUGGCAAUCUCUCCUCCAUCACCAGUCACUUGCAGGACCCCAACCACCUGACUCUGGACUGGGUGGCCAAUGUGGAGGGCCUGCCAGAGGAGGAGUACACCAAGCAGAACCUCAAGAGGCUCUGGGUGGUGCCAUCCAACAAGCAGAUCAAUAGCUUCCAGGUCUUUGUGGAGGAGGUGUUGAAAAUUGCUCUAAGUGACGGCUUCUGCAUCGAUUCCUCUCAUCCGCACGCUCUAGAUUUUAUGAGCAAUAAGAUUAUUCGGUUAAUACGGUACAGGUAAAAGGACACCAGCCACACUGGAGGGGGAUUCCCAAGAAGAUCCAUGUCAGAGCGUCUCACCAAUGGUAUGAGCCAAGGCACUCUACUAAUCUGUAUUAAUCACAUAGCAGGACUUAAUUCCCCCGAUGAUACAGUCCACUUGUAGGAAUCCAUGUGUCCUCUCAACAGAGCCACCUGUUUUCUUGCCAUUUUGAGCUGGAGAUGGGCAGUCUGUUAAGACAGGUGAAGAGUCUGCUGAUGUGUCCUAAAGGAGGGCACAGGAGGACUUUCUGGCUAGACAAAAGAGCAGCAUUUCUGAGAUGGACUCCAUCUCUCUCUAUAUAACUAAGCAGUGCCUCACUUACCCAUCUGAAUAAGGGAAUGAGGUGAGAUGCUCCCUUCAGGUUCCCAGGAUAAACUUCCCAGAGAUCCCCACCACCCCUGCUCCUCCAUCUUGACAAUGCAGCCAGGUCUUGGAUUUAUUUGCCCAAGAGCGACCAUGUUUAACUAGCUUGGAAAAGUAGUAUGUUCUCAAAGUUGUAUUAGCCCACUGGAUGAGAGAUUUGAGUUGUGGCAUUGCCUAGAGCAGCGGUCACCAACCAGUGGUCCGUGAGGUCCAAAAGGUUGGUGACUCUGGCCUAAAGGAGUGAGCAUCCAUGCAGGGUCAGAAGAUGGGGAUAUC